AAGGAACAUAGGAGUGAUAUCUAUUGUUGGUAUGGGAGGGAUUGGAAAAACAACACUAGCUAAACUACUUUACAAUGAUCUUGAGGUAGGAAAGAAUUUUGACCUAAAAGCUUGGGCAUAUAUAUCAAAGGAUUUUGAUGUUUGUAGGGUGACAAAAAUUCUUCUUGAAUGUGUCAGUUCAAAGCCGGUUGUCACGGAUAACUUGAAUACUCUACAAGUGGAGUUACAGCAAAGUUUGAGAAAAAAAAGAUAUUUGCUUGUUCUGGAUGAUGUCUGGGAUGGAAGUUAUGAUGAAUGGAACAAACUGAAGGCUGUUUUUGAAGCCGGGGAAGUGGGAAGUAAGAUCGUCAUCACAACACGGGAUGAAAGUGUUGCAUUAGCAAUGCAAACUCAUAUUCCUGUCCACUAUUUGAGAUCUCUUCGUAGUGAAGAUUGUUGGUCUUUACUUGCGCAUCACGCAUUUGGACCGAAUAACUGCAAGGAACAAUCGAAACUUGAAGUAAUUGGCAAAGAAAUUGCAAAAAGAUGUGGUGGCUUGCCGUUAGCUGCAGAAGCCGUUGGGGGUCUUCUCCGCACCAAAUUAUCAGAAAAGAACUGGAAUAAGGUAUUAAAAAGUAACAUCUGGGAUUUGCCAAAUAUCAAAGUGCUACCGGCUCUUCUAUUGAGCUAUCACUAUCUUCCUGCUCCUUUGAAGCGAUGUUUUGCUUAUUGUUCAAUUUUUCCAAAGAACUCCGGUUUAGAUAAGAAGAUGGUGGUUCUGCUAUGGAUGGCAGAAGACUUGGUACAUCAGUAUAAAGGUGAAAAAACUGUAGAAGAGGUAGUAGAAGAAUACUUUGAUGAACUUGUAUCACGGUCGCUAAUACGUAGACAGAUGGUCAAUGCGAAAGAAAGCUUCAUGAUGCAUGACCUUAUCAAUGAAUUAGCAACAACUGUUUCAUCUGCAUUUUGUAUCAGGCUUGAGGAUCCAAAGCCAUGUGAAAGUCUUAAAAGAGCUCGUCAUUUGUCAUACAUUCGAGGGAAUUAUGACUGCUUCAAUAAAUUCAAUAUGUUUCAUGAAUCAAAGUGUCUUCGAACCUUACUAGCCUUACCGUUAAGACAUUGGUGGUCAUCAAAAUAUCCUAAUCUGAGAAGCCAUUAUCUAUCAAGCAAGUUACUAUUUGAUUUGUUACCUGCAAUGAAACGGUUGAGGGUGUUAUCUUUGUCACACUAUAACAAUAUCACUGAGUUGCCUAACUCUUUCGUAAAUUUAAUACAUCUGCGGUAUUUAGAUCUCUCCAACACUAAAAUAGAAAAAUUGCCAGAUGUAAUAUGCAAGCUCUACAAUCUUCAAACCUUAUUGUUGUCGAAAUGUAGCUCUCUUACUGAAUUACCCGAGGACAUUGGAAAUUUGGUUAAUCUACGUCACCUCGAUUUAAGUGACACUAAGUUGAAGGUGAUGCCUAUACAAAUAGCCAAACUGCAAAAUCUUCAAACACUGUCUUCAUUUGUUGUCAGCAGACAAUCAAACGGGUUGAAGAUUGGGGAGCUGAGAAAAUUUCCACAUCUACAAGGGAAAUUGUCAAUCUCAAAGUUACAAAAUGUUACUGAUCUCUCUGAUGCCGUUCAUGCCAACUUGGAGAAGAAAGAAGAAAUUGAUGAGUUGACAUUAGAAUGGGAUCGUGAUACAACAGAAGACUCGCAAAUGGAAAGACUUGUACUUGAACAGUUGCAGCCCUCAACAAAUUUGAAGAAACUCACAAUCCAAUUCUUUGGUGGAACCAGCUUUCCGAAUUGGUUAGGAGAUUCCUCAUUUCGCAACAUGAUGUAUUUGCGCAUCAGUGGUUGUGAUCAUUGUUGGUCACUUCCUCCCCUAGGAGAGUUGCUUAGUCUCAAAGAACUCUUCAUUUCUGGACUAAUAUCAGUGAAAAUGGUAGGUACUGAGUUUUACGGAAGCAUUAGUUCCCUUUCCUUUCAACCAUUUCCCUCCUUGGAAAUUUUGUGUUUCGAGGAUAUGCCAGAAUGGAAGGAAUGGAACAUGAUUGGAGGUACCACUAUUGAGUUUCCUAGUCUAAGGCGUUUGUUUCUAUGUGAUUGUCCGAAACUCAAAGGAAACAUACCACAGAACCUUCCUUCUUUAGUUGAACUCGAGUUGUCAAAAUGUCCUCUGCUCAGGUCACAAGAGGUUGAUAGCAGCAUCAGCAGCAGCAUUCGAAGGCCAUCACAUCCCGAGUGGAUGAUGAUUGAACUCAAUUCUCUCAAACAGUUGACUAUCUCAAGCAUUGUUUCUCUGAGUUCCUUCCCAUUAGAACUUCUCCCUAGAACAUUAAAAUCUCUCACUUUCCUUUCUUGUGAGAAUCUAGAAUUCUUACCUCACGAAUCCUCACCUAUUGACACUUCACUUGAGAAAUUGCAAAUAUUCAACAGCUGUAAUUCAAUGACAUCCUUUUAUCUAGGCUGUUUCCCUGUCCUCAAAAGUCUCUUCAUCUUAGGCUGUAAAAAUCUAAAAUCUAUUUCUGUUGCAGAAGAUGAUGCAUCACAUAGUCAUUCCUUUCUUCAAAGUUUAUCCAUAUAUGCCUGUCCUAAUCUUGAAUCAUUUCCAUUUCAUGGACUCACUACUCCUAACCUCAAUAGUUUCAUGGUGUCAAGUUGUCCUAAGCUUAAGUCACUACCUGAACCUAUUCACAGUCUAUCCAGCCUUUAUCAAUUGAUUGUGUACGGACUUCCAAAACUGCAGACCUUUGCACAGGAGAGUUUACCAAGCAAUUUAAGGAUACUUGAAGUGUCGAAUUAUGGGAGUUUGUCUACUUCAGCUAUCACUAAGUGGGGUUUGAAGUACCUUACUUGUCUUGCUGAGUUGCGAAUUCGAGGGAAGUGGCUUCAGCAUCUCACGUCUCUUGAAAACCUUGAGAUUUCAGAUUGUCGCCGGCUUGAAUCCUUACCGGAAGAGGGACUGCCUUCCUCUCUUUCGGUACUGACUAUCAAGCGAUGCCUUUUACUGCAAGCAAACUGUCAGAGCAAUGGAGGCAAAGAGUGGCAUAAGAUUUCACAUAUUCCAUGCAUAAUUAUUGAUAACAAAGUGAUAAUAUGAAUAUUCAGGGAAACCUCUGUCACCAUUCAGAGGUGACUUGUGGAUCCUCUCCAUUUACUACCAGGUGCAGGUGGUAACUUAUUACUACUAGUUCUUGAACUGUAAUAUUGUGAGUAAACCACCUAAUAGGUCCUGACUCUGUUAAUAUUUCAAAAUAGUCUUCGCCAAAUGUUUCUCAGUUAGGUCUCUUCCUUAAUAUUCGCCAUGUGACAAAAACAUAAAACAUGAACCUAAGAAACGUUUGACAAAGACAGGAACUAGUUUAAAAUAUUAAUAGAGUUUGGGACUAAUUUGAGAGUAUCUUACAAAGACAGGGACCAACUUGAUUGUUUACUCAGAAUAUUGUUGAUGUGUAUUUACUAGAAUAAUGAAAACAUGCCAUAAUGGGCAGGAUCUGAAAAAUCAACUCAGUCUGUUGAUAACUUUGGAUAAUUUCAUAUUAUAGAUAGUAGUACAUGCUGUAAUUUUCUUUUAUACUAUUCCUCUAGCUAAAGAACACCAAAAAGAUUGAACAAGAAAAGAGGAACAUCAUUUGUAUAAUUCUA